CUAGCUUACACCCACAAAAACAGUUUAUUAUUAUAUAGUAUUGUACAUAUAAAUCAUCAGGAUGAGUGUCUUGGAAUGGAAAAAAGUCAAACUAUUUGAUUUAAUCACUUUGCGCUCAAUCAAAGCAGAUAACACAAUUACAGAAAUAUCGGCGCGCUGCUUUAGCAUAGUCAAAGCAUCCAAUGGCACAACGAGCACUUCUCUCGUACUAUGCGACAAAAAUGGAUUUGUGCAUGUUUUCUUUGAGAAUGAUAAAAUACCUCUACGAUUUGAUUGCCACGAAAUCAAGCAGCCAAUUAAACUGUGUGCACUAACCACGAACAAUAUGCUCACAAUAGUGGCUCAAAAUGACACAAAUCGUUCGCUGGGCAUAUACAUUUACGAUCUCAACCAGUUCAAAAAGGAGGGAUUUUCAUGCCUCGCCACCGCAAUUUUGCCCACAACGAGUCGGGUCACACUUAUGCAGGUCGCCAUUAUUGGACCCGAUAAGACGUAUGCCUUAGGCAUAGGGUUCGAGCGGGGUGACAUCCUCCUCUAUUUUGGUAAAAUCAACCGAGAUCUUUCGUCAAAUAUUUGUCAGCAGAGCAUUGCAACAAGUGCCAUAAAUGGAAUAGAAUUUAAUACUUGCUAUCAGCAGUCGGAGACGCAAAUUUGCAAUGUGUUCGUCAUGUCCCUCGAUGGAGUCUAUAGUCUUGUAUUGAACGAUAGAUCUUCAAUUAUCGCCACGUACCCACUGGGCAGCGAUAGGGAUAUGCAUAACCAGUGUUGUACAAUGUCCGAACCACUUGGGCCCAACUCGUUUUUCGUCGUUGGACGAGAUGAUGCCAUUUACUGUUUUAGUCGGGAUGGUCGCGGAGGCUGCUCCGUGAUUGCUGGUCAAAAGGAGUUUCUGUCGUGGAUUGGUCAUCAUCUGCUCGUCGUGGUUAAGGCUCAAUUUGGCUCCAGACUCAUCGUUGUGGACGUGCACAACAAAUUGAUUCUUUUCAACGAACGAAUUUCGAAUUUGCUUUGCAUUCUCAAUGCGACAAAUGCUUAUCAUAUUAUCACUAAAGGCGAACACUCGCAAUAUAUGUCUACGUACCAUCAAUACAAAUUGCAACAGCACAAUACUAAUUAUAAAGUUCGCCUCCUAAUCGCUCAGUGUUUGCACGAUAAAGCGCUGAGCAUUUUGGAAAAAGAGGCAAGCGCCGCCGAAAGUGAAAAUAUUGCAAAUGUUCGUUUGCAGCACGGCAAUAAUUUAUUGCAAAGAGGCAGAUUAUCUGAGGCAGUCACCGAAUAUGCUCAGACUAUUGGUGAAAUAAAGCCAUACAACAUCAUUUCGAAACUGUUAAGUCUCAGGCACAAUGGUCACCUGAUGCAAUACAUGAAUGAAUUGUUGAAAAAUAAACACGCCAGCAUUGAGCACAAGAAACUGCUUGAAUGUUGCGUGGAUCGGGAAAAGCUCAGCUCGAAAAUUGAUGAGUUUUGGAUUACUCGAAACGAUUCCGGUCACAUUUGCGACUUUAGGAAUAUAUCGCUUAGAUCUCUUAAUAUCUCCAGCUUAAAAAGUGCCAGCGAAUAUUUGCAGACGACGGACUUUCAGCAAAUGGACGAAGAUGAAAUUUAUCAAUUUUUCCAAGAAUAUGGUCGGGAACUUAUAUCGCUGGAUUCCCAAAAGGUUUUCACAACGGCAGAAUCACUGGUGAAAACACAUAAAAUAAAAAACGUAUUGCGAUUUUUAACUAUCUUCUCCAAUUACGAGGAGUUUUGUGCGAAGUUAAUAGCUGAUCUGAUAGAAAGUUCUUCCAACUGUGAUGAAAAGUUAUCUUAUUAUUUGCUGACUCUUUACCUUGGUCUUUGGCGUGAGAAUAAGAUAUCUUCGGAAUAUAUUCGAGAUUUUUUAAAGAAAACUUCGCUUAGUUCUCAGAAGAUUGCAAUAAUAUCCAAGGCUUAUCAAUUUACCCACGAAAAUGGAUAUCCAGAAGCCGCUGGAUAUUCUGAAGUAAUUACUGGCGAUGAAACAAACUCAAAAUGCAUCGAGGAAACAAUUAAAAAGAAUCCAAGUCUUGCGCCUGUGUUGACAACUGAUCAGCGAUCAUUGCUAAAUAUUUUGCAAAAAGUAUGCAGUAACUCUGAGAUCAAAAUAAUCGAUAUAAAACCAUUUUUGAUAGAAACGUUUACGAAAAAUGCAAAUGAUGUCAAAGCAGAGCUGCAGUUGAACAAUGAUCUCAAAAAUGAAAUAGAUGUCAAUGAUGCAUUAGUAUCGCAAUUCAAGUCAAAUCCAAUGGAGUUCCGCAACAGGGGCUGCGAUAUUUGCCGCCAACCGUUGCACAUGCCCUCAGUGUAUUUUCUAUGUCAGCAUUCAUUCCACAAAGAUUGCCUCAGCUACGAUUACAGCACUAACAAGGGCGAUGAUAAUACGGAUUGUGUUCUGUGUGCCAAAAAUACUGAAUACUUUCUUUCGAAUUCGGAAAGUAUGAACUUUAGUUCCAAGUCUGGCAACACAAUUAAGACAAUUUCAAAUGAUUUUGCUUCUGGGUUAUUUAAGCUGAGAAUUUCGGAUAAAUUUCGCAUGGCCGAAGCAUCCCAUGGAACACGUGAUUCAACGAAUCCCUUUGAUGAUAACUAUGAUUCUAAUUUCAACUGUUGUUAAUUGUGUUUUGAAUUAUCAAAUUGUGUAUAUUUGUAUUUGUAUUUAAUUGUAUAUUUUGAUAUAUCCAUGUAUGCAGAAAUAUAAUAUUGUUUUUUAUAAUUGUA